AUGGGCUGUGCCCCCAGCAUCCACGUCUCGCAGAGCGGCGUGAUCUACUGCCGGGACUCUGACGAGUCCAACUCGCCCCGCCAGACCACCAGCGUGUCGCAGGGCCCCGCCGCCCCCCUGCACGGCCUCUUCGUCCAGACCGACGCCGCCGACGUUAUUCCCCGGAGCCGCGCGUCUGGACCCCCCGGGGCCGCCCGCGUCCGCAGAGCCCGCACUGAGCUGGGCAGCGGCGGCAGCAGCGGCAGCAGCAGCGCGGGCUCCGCAGCCCCCGCCACGACCACCUGCAGGGGCCGGAGGCGCCACUGCUGCAGCAGCGCGGAGGCCGAGACCCAGACCAGCUACACCAGCGUCAAGCAGGUUUCUUCUGCGGAGGUACGCAUUGGGCCCAUGAGACUGACGCAGGAUCCUAUUCAGGUUUUGCUGAUCUUUGCAAAGGAAGAUAGUCAGAGUGAUGGAUUCUGGUGGGCCUGUGACCGAGCUGGUUAUAGAUGCAAUAUUGCCCGGACUCCAGAGUCAGCCCUGGAAUGCUUUCUGGAUAAACAUCAUGAAAUUAUCGUAAUAGAUCACAGGCAGACUCGAAACUUUGAUGCAGAAGCAGUGUGCAGGUCGAUCCGAGCCACGAAUCCCUCCGAGCACACGGUGAUCCUGGCGGUGGUUUCCCAAGCAUCAGGCGACCAUGAAGAGGCCUCGGUCCUCCCGCUCCUGCAUGCAGGCUUCAAUAGGAGAUUUAUGGAGAAUAGCAGCAUAAUUGCUUGCUAUAAUGAAUUGAUUCAAAUAGAACACGGGGAAGUUCGCUCACAGUUCAAACUACGGGCCUGUAAUUCAGUGUUUACAGCAUUAGACCACUGUCAUGAAGCCAUAGAAAUUACAAGUGAUGACCAUGUGAUUCAGUACGUCAACCCAGCCUUUGAAAGGAUGAUGGGCUACCACAAAGGCGAGCUCCUGGGGAAAGAGCUCGCCGAGCUGCCCAAAAGUGAUAAGAACCGGGCAGACCUUCUUGACACCAUCAACACGUGCAUCAAGAAGGGCAAGGAGUGGCAGGGGGUUUACUAUGCCAGACGGAAAUCCGGGGACAGCAUCCAGCAGCACGUGAAGAUUACCCCAGUGAUUGGCCAAGGAGGGAAAAUUAGGCAUUUUGUCUCCCUCAAGAAGCUGUGUUGUACCACUGACAAUAAUAAGCAGAUUCACAAGGUUCAUCGUGAUUCAGGAGACAAUUCUCAGACAGAGUCUCAUUCAUUUAGAUACAAGAACAGGAGGAAAGAGUCCAUUGAUGUGAAAUCGAUAUCAUCUCGAGGCAGUGAUGCACCAAGCCUCCAGAAUCGUCGCUAUCCAUCCAUGGCAAGGAUCCAUUCCAUGACCAUCGAAGCUCCCAUCACAAAGGUUAUAAAUAUAAUCAAUGCAGCCCAAGAAAACAGCCCCGUGACAGUAGCAGAAGCCUUGGAUAGAGUUUUGGAAAUUUUACGGACCACGGAACUGUAUUCCCCUCAGCUUGGAACCAAAGAUGAAGAUCCUCACACCAGUGAUCUUGUUGGAGGCCUGAUGACCGAUGGCUUGAGAAGGUUGUCAGGAAACGAGUAUGUGUUCACUAAGAAUGUGCACCAGAGUCACAGUCACCUUGCGAUGCCAAUAACCAUCAACGAUGUCCCCCCUUGUAUCGCUCAAUUACUUGAUAAUGAGGAAAGUUGGGAGUUCAACAUCUUUGAAUUGGAAGCUGUUACACAUAAAAGGCCAUUGGUUUACCUGGGCUUAAAGGUAUUUUCCCGGUUUGGAGUCUGUGAAUUUUUACACUGUUCUGAAACUACUCUUCGGGCCUGGCUCCAAGUGAUUGAGGCCAACUACCACUCUUCCAAUGCUUAUCAUAACUCCACCCAUGCCGCCGAUGUCCUGCACGCCACUGCCUUCUUCCUCGGAAAGGAAAGAGUAAAGGGAAGCCUCGAUCAGCUGGACGAGGUGGCAGCGCUGAUUGCCGCCACAGUCCACGAUGUGGAUCACCCGGGAAGGACCAACUCGUUCCUGUGCAACGCAGGCAGUGAACUCGCUGUGCUCUAUAAUGACACCGCUGUCCUGGAGAGUCACCACACCGCCCUGGCCUUCCAGCUCACGGUCAAGGACAGCAAAUGCAACAUUUUCAAGAACAUUGACAGGAACCAUUAUCGAACACUACGCCAGGCUAUUAUUGACAUGGUUUUAGCAACAGAGAUGACAAAACACUUUGAACAUGUGAACAAAUUUGUGAACAGCAUCAAUAAGCCCCUGGCAGCUGAGAUUGAGGGCAGCGACUGUGAAUGCAACCCUACUGGGAAGAACUUUCCUGAAAACCAAAUUCUGAUCAAGCGAAUGAUGAUCAAGUGUGCCGAUGUCGCCAACCCAUGCCGCCCCCUGGACCUGUGCAUUGAAUGGGCUGGGAGGAUCUCUGAGGAGUAUUUUGCACAGACUGAUGAAGAGAAGAGACAGGGGCUCCCUGUGGUGAUGCCAGUGUUUGACCGGAAUACAUGUAGCAUCCCCAAAUCCCAAAUCUCUUUCAUUGACUACUUCAUAACAGACAUGUUUGAUGCUUGGGAUGCCUUUGCCCAUCUGCCAGCCCUGAUGCAACAUUUGGCUGAUAACUACAAACACUGGAAGACAUUAGAUGACCUAAAGUGCAAAAGUCUGAGGCUUCCAUCUGACAGCUAAAUCCGAGAGAGAAGGGGACCUCUUGAUCUGCAACGGGCACUGUGAAUCACAGUAGUGUAAAUAAGAGGCUUUCCUUUAUACUGAAAAGACAGGUGUAGGUUAAGGGGUUAGUGUUUAAUUUUUGACUUUGAAUCAUUCAAGUCCCAAAUUGCAUUUUUAGAAAGUUACGUUCCAUUAAGAAAAAUAUUUUUUCUUUUGAACACUUAGUGAUAGUGUCCUCAUCAAACUAUGGAGCUCAUUUACUCUAGCAGGAUACAAGCAGCAAAAACUUGGUGCCUGUGAGCCCAUCUCUGUGGAUGACACAGCUUAGCUAGUGUUCAGCUCAUCUCUUACCAUAAAAGUCAACAUUGCUGUUUAGCUUGACUAUUUUCCUCAAGAGCACCAGUCUGAAAGAUUCAUAAAAACCCCUAAGGAAAAAAACUAUUUAUAAAAUGAGCAAAACAACUAGGACCAAAUUAUUGAUAAACUAGUUUCACAGCCUCUGUGGCUAAGCAGUUCUUUUGAUCAAGGGGGUGACACCCUAGGUAGACCACAGCCUGGGCCUGGUGAGUGCCUUCUGAAGACUGGUAGAAGCAGCCUGUGUAGCCUUCUUUCCUCUAAAAGCAAUUCACCUUAACAGUGAGCCAUUCACGGUAGGGAAGGGACUGACACCUUGUUUGGGGGGAAUCCACGCACUUCCCUUGUUUCUGGUUUACAGAGGCAGUCACAAGGCCGUAUAGUGAGUAUUAUAUAAAAGCCAUUAAACCUGAAUGCCCUUGGAUAAGAUUUUUUAAAAAAGAAAAUUUAUAUACAUUCACAGUUUAAAAUUUUUAUUAAAGCAAUCUGAAUUUCCUGGGUAUAAGUCCAUGGAGUAUGUUACGCAGUGUACCAUCUAUACAUAAUGUAUUUGGGGAGGGAUGGGGAAGUUUCAGGGUUCAGAUGUUUUUAAUCUGUAUUUGAGACCUUGCCAUUUUGCUUUAAUGAUGUAAAACAGAAAAGACUGCAAGGUGUGUAAAUAUAUCAGAAAACAGACGUAAGGGGAAGCAGUAAAUACUAUUUUAAGCUAUUAAUUGUAUGCUAAAAGCUUCUAAAGCACAAGUGCAUAUUUUUAUACAGCUCUUUUGAAAACUUUCUGUGAUCUCCAUAAAGUCAGACUUGAGAUUUUCCUUUCUCUUUUACCGGCCACCUGUUCUCUAUGUGUUGUAAAUAUUAGAAACUCCGUAAACAAAAUAGCUUCAUUUUCUUUUCAAAUCCUCUGUACUCCAUGCUGCAUUUUUCAGAGGUAUAAACAGAGACUGAAUUGGAAUGCAGAACACUGGAAACUAGGAAAUGGGAAGAAAAAAAAUGACAUCACUACAUAAUGUGCCAAUGUUUUUUUCUAUGUUUUGUACCAAAAAAAUGAAAACCUAUAUGAUAAUUCCAUGCACAGAAAUGUAUCUAAAUUAUUUUUGUUAGAUGAUAAGCGAAUGUGCUUGGUCAGGACAGCAGCCUGCUUUGUGUUGUGAUGCUGCAUUAUGUAAAUGUGAUGAAAAUGUUUUUGUGAAGUACUUGUAACUAAAUUCCUACAGCCAUUUUUCAUUCCCAACAGCUGUUUUUAUUUCAUCUCUUUGGCCUAAACUUUUCAUUAUUUCA